GUAUCCGAUUCUUGUUUACAAUCUGUUCCCAUUCUUCCUUUGCUAUCUUCGCUGCUAACAUUGUUGAAAUUGUUCGGUAUUGCCAUUUCCCGAGUUUGAAUAGCUUCUUGUAGGGAUUGGCUCUCAACCGAAGGCCAUUCAGUAGCAGGACUGGAACUACAAUAGAGUAAUGGCGUCUUCAGAUGAUGAGGCUGAGACCUUACCAGUACCACCUGUCUCAAAUUAUUCUCUUUCAUUCAGGACUGGAACUACAAUAGAGUAAUGGCGUCUUCAGAUGAUGAGGCUGAGACCUUACCAGUACCACCUGUCUCAAAUUAUCACUUUGUGGAUCACAAGGAAGAACCUAUUUCAUUCUCUAUUUUGCCGAUUAAAUGGGAUGAAGGGGAGAGAUUGGAGGGCAGUCAAGAACCUGUUUUCCUCCAUGGUACAGUUGAUAAUGGACUUCAAAAGGUUUAUAAACAGGUUACCGCAUGGAGAUUUAAUAUUUCUGGUUCAAAGCCAGAGAUAUCGGUGCUUUCCAAAGAGAAUGUGUGGAUUACACUUCAGAAGCCUAGAAAGAGCUUUGAGGAUACCAUUAGAACCAUCUUGAUCACAGUGCACUGCCUUCAUGCUUUGAAGAGGAAUCCAGAUACAUCUAGCAAAUCUUUGUGGGAUCUAUUAGCUAAAACCUUUAGCUUGUAUGAAGUGAGGCCUUCCCAGAAUGAUUUGGUGGAUCACAUGUCAUUAAUCGGAGAAGCAGUUAAAAGGGAUGAUAUAUUGGCCAAGUCCCAGUUCUUACUUGCAUUCCUUGAAGAGAAGCCUGUUAAGAGAAUGUCAUGUCAUGAGUUGUUCUUUCAGGAUGCUCAACGUAAUAUGCAGCCAAGUUUUAUAGUUGAUGAUUCAGAUGAUGAAGACAUGGUUGAUGAUGCUGUUGAAGAGGAAAGUGAUGAUGCUGUUGAAGAGGAAAGUGAUGAUGAUGUCUUUGAUUCUGUCUGUGCAUUUUGUGAUAAUGGUGGCAACAUUAUAUGCUGUGAUGGGAGGUGCAUGAGGUCCUUUCAUGCAACUGAAGAGGAUGGUGAUUGUUUCUCGCUCGGUCUCUCUAAAGAAGAAGUAGAUGCAAUUGAAACCUUUAUUUGCAAGAAUUGCGAGUACAAACAGCACCAGUGCUAUGCUUGCGGGAAUUUAGGUUCAUCUGAUCAGUCUUCUGGUGCUGAGGUCUUCCAAUGCGUAAAUGCAACUUGUGGUUAUUUUUAUCAUCCUAAAUGUAUUUCAAGAUUGCUUCAUCCGGAGAAUAAAGUUGCCGCUGGAGACCUUGAGAAGAAGAUUGCAUCUGGAGAAUCUUUCUCAUGCCCUGUGCAUAAGUGCUCUGUUUGUGCGCUCGGCGAAAAUAAGAAAAUAUGGGAACUACAGUUUGCUGUUUGUCGACGGUGUCCAAAAUCAUACCACAGGAAAUGCUUACCAAGGAAAAUCACUUUUGAAGGUUCUGAGGAUGGUGAAACCCCGACCAGGGCAUGGGAAAAGCUAUUACCUAAUCGCAUUUUGAUAUAUUGCUUGGACCAUGAGAUUGAUGAAGAAAUUGAGACUCCUGCUAGAGACCAUAUAAAAUUUCCUGGUCUUGAAGAGAGUAGGCUUCCCAUUCAGAAAAGGAAACUUCCUAUCAGUGAUACAAGACGAGGGAAGACGAUAGUUUUUCGUGGGAGUAGGGAGAAUGUUGUAUCAAAGAAGGGAUCUAUGCCAGAUGACCUUCAGGGAAAAUCUGCUGCAAAAGUAUCCAAAUCAUUUGAGAGGUCCUCAUCUGAUGGGAAGCUUCUUGGUAAAGUGACUGCGAAAUCAUUGUGGAGUUCUGAGUCUAAAAAUGUGAAAUUGGGUAACAUUUCAAGAAACUCUUUGAAUCAAAAAGGAGAAUCUGUCCUCAUGGACAUUGAUAAGACGAUCAAAGUGAAAAAAUCCUCCUUAGUUGGCAAGUCUGCCAUACCAACCAAGAGAUUUGAUCCAAGUAAGAUUUACAAGGAGGAUAGAAGUGGGAUGCUCCUAUUAGAUGCCAAUUCGGAGAGGAGGUUAAUGGACAUGAUGAAAAUUGUUGCAUCGUCAAUUACUUUGGAAGACGUAAUUAAGAAGCACAAAGUCCCAUCUACUCAUGCAUAUUCUUUAAAACAUGUAGUGGACAAGACAAUUAAGAUGGGGAAGUUGGAAGGGUCAGUUGUGGUUGUUCGAGCUGCUCUGCGCAAGCUUGAGGAAGGAUGUUGCAUUGAGGAUGCAGAAGCUGUUUGUGAGCCUGAAGUUCUUAACCACAUAUUUAAGUGGAAGAUUGUUGAUAGGCUUCAUUGGUACAUAGAGAAAGGCAAUACAGAAGGGACUAUAUUUUCACUAUAUUUUCAACUAAUUAAUCUCCAGACGGCUAAAACUGAAGGUGGCUCGGCUAGCAAGGCUUCGGCUCGGGUCUUGAGACUCACGGCUCGCAUACGGCUCACACAGGAUCGACUCAGUUGUGUAUGGCUCGCGUACGACUUACAUGGAACGGCUUGGAUCAACAGAGAUGACUCACGCGGCUCGGUGAAGGGACACGGCUUGAACUGACGCGGCUUGGACGUGUGGCUUGCGAAAAGAAAAUUGUCAUGGCUUGCAUCCUUGACUGUCAAGCGCGAUGAUGUCCGGCGGUGCUGUGCAAGUGGAGGCUACGACCGAUGAUGGUUUCGACAAAAGAGAGGGUUACGAUCGACGACGCGAAGGAGGAGCGCACGGCGGAAGAUAGGGGUCGUUCGACUGUCCGAUGCAACACGAGUCGACACGGCUGGAGAGAAACGAACGGUUGUGCUUCGUGACCGUGAUGCUUCGACUAUGCGACCGUGACGAGGACUCUCUCACUGGAGUGUUGUGCGCGACGAUGGCUGAAGUGGGGCGGCGACUGCUCUAGGGUUGAAUGGUGAAGAAGAAAGAGGGGUGGAGAAGAUGGACAUGAAAAAUGAAAGAGGCUUAUUUAAUAU